AUGCCGAAACCAGCUAAGUCCGCGCCUGCUCCGAAGAAGGGCUCCAAGAAGGCCAUCACCAAGACCCAGAAAAAGGGGGACAAGAAGCGCAAGAAGAGCCGCAAGGAGAGCUACUCCAUCUACGUCUACAAGGUGCUCAAGCAGGUGCACCCGGACACGGGCAUCUCCUCCAAGGCCAUGAGCAUCAUGAACUCCUUCGUCAACGACAUCUUCGAGCGCAUUGCUGCUGAGGCUUCGCGUUUGGCUCAUUACAACAAGCGCUCCGCCAUCACCUCUCGGGAGAUCCAGACUGCCGUGCACCUUUUGCUCCCCAGGGAGCUGUGGUUUGCUGCCCGGGGAGCUGUGGUUGAGGCUCACCAGGGAAGGGGCACGGGCCCUGCCCAUGAGCCAGCACAUCCUGGCAGAUGCCCAAGGAGCCAUGCUUAA